GCAUGUGCAGCAUGGUGAAGAAACAAAAAGGACCUUUCAGAAGUGGGUUCUCACCUUCCAUUAUGUAUAGCAGUGUUUUACCUGCAUGUAUGUAAGUGCACCAUGUUCGUGCCUGGUGUCUUCAAAGGCUGUCGGAUCAGCCAGAAGUGGAACUAUGGACUGUUUUGAGCUCCCAGUUGGAUGCUGGUAUGGAACCUAUGUCUUCUGAAAGAACAAGGAUGGUUUAACUCCUGAGGCACAUCCCCAGAUUUCUCGGCCACCAGUGUUUAGACAAACCUCAAUAAAAUGACUCUUCAGGAGUUGGUGCUUCAGACUGCCUCUGUCUAUAUGGAUAGAACAGCUGUAUGUUUUGACGAAGGCAAUAACCAGCAUCCAGUGUGCUAUACCUACAAGGCUCUGUUGAGCAAGGCUUCAGAAUUAUCCGGUUUUCUGUCAGCACACUGUGACUUUGGAGGAAUUCGGGAAAUUGGUCUCUAUUGUCAACCUGGGAUAAACUUACCCUCCUGGAUUUUAGGGAUUCUUCAGAUCCCCACAGCGUAUGCGCCCAUUGAUCCAGACUCUCCACCGUCCUUAUCAACUUACUUUAUGAAAAAAUGUGACCUAAAGUAUGUUCUCAUUGAAAAACAGCAGCUAAGUAAAUUCAAAUCUUCACAUGAGACAGUUCUGAACUAUGACACAGUUUCCGUGGAACACAAGGACCUGGCACUCUUCAGACUGUAUUGGGAAGAUGGUGGGGUGAGCACAGUGCUCAGUGACAGAACAGAUCAGCACAAGGUGACGGAUGGAGAGGACAGAGUGAGUGCUGAGAGCAGAACCCCAGAGAAGGAGCACAUGGACAUGCGGCAUGACGGUUGCUUGGCUUAUGUCCUCCAUACCUCAGGGACCACGGGGACACCGAAGACUGUCAGAGUGCCCCAUGCAUGCAUACUGCCUAAUAUCCAGCACUUCCGGGACAGUGACCUAUCUGAGACCAUCUCUGAUGAGGUCCAGGCAGAGAAGCCAGCUUGUAAGAUUGUGCCUGUCACUCUGAGAAGAUUCCACUCUGAGAAGAGGGGCCUUGGCUUUUUCUUCCUAGAAGCCCUUCGCUCGUCCCACUACCUGGACAUUCUGAACGCCGAGAUACUGCUUGGCAUUUUCCUCCGUUCUGUGUGA